AGUUCAGGUGAAACGAAAUUAGAUUGAAAACGUUUCAGAAAGUCGACUACAAAUCCUCUAAAACUAUUUUUAUUCACUGUGAAACUUCUCCAGUGUUAAUUUAAGGAACUAAAACUACAGCAGGUAAAUUAUAAGGGAGGAGAAAACUGUAAAAACAGGAAAGGAGAGAAAAUUAAAGCAGUUAUGGCUUCCUCCAGCAGUUUCCCUUUUGAAGACCAGCUCCAGUGCGCCAUCUGUCUGGAUGUGUUCACUGAUCCAGUCACGACUUCAUGUGGACACAACUUCUGUAAGAUGUGUCUCACAAAGUGUUGGGACAACAGUUUACACGGCCAGUGUCCAGUGUGUAAACAGGAUUUCCCUAACAGAUCUGAGCUCCGUGUGAAUACAUUCAUCUCUGGACUGGUUGCUCAGUUUAAGAAGUCAGUUCAGGUGAAAUCCAGCAGUGCUGCAGAUCAGGUUCCCUCUAAGAUGAAGAAGGUUCUGUGUGACUCCUGCACUGAGGAAAAGCUGGAGGCUCUGAAGUCCUGUCUGCAUUGUGGACUUUCUUUCUGUAACACUCAUCUGAUGCUCCAUAAAUCUACACCCAAACUCAUGAAGCACAAACUGUUGGAUCCUGUGGAGAACCUCGAGGACUACAUCUGCCAGAAACAUGAGAGACCCCUGGAGCUGUUCUGUAGAGAUGACCAGACGUGUGUGUGUCAGUUCUGUACUGAGACUGACCACAAAACUCACAACACUGUUCCUAUAGAGGAGGAGAGUGGAAACAAGAAGAAUCAUUUGGGGAAGAAACAAGAGGCUUUUCAGAAGAUGAUUCAAGACCGACUGAGGAAGAUUCAGGAACUCCAACAAUCUGUCAAACUCAAUAAUAAAAACAUAGAAAAGGAGAAAGCAAACACUCUGAAGGUCUUCACGGCUCUGAUGCGCUGCAUUAAGAGAAGUCAGGCUGAGCUGCUUAAGGUGAUGGAGGAGAAGCAGAAAGCAGCAGAGAUGCAGGCUGAAGAGUUCAUUAAAGAGCUGGAGCAGGAAAUCACUGAGCUGAAGAGGAGAAACACUGAGCUGGAGCAACUCUCACACACUGAGGAUCACCUCCACCUCCUACAGAUUUACCCGUCACUGUGCAGCCCUCCACACACCCAGGACUGGACUGACGUUACAAUUAACUCUCAUCUGAGUAUGGAGACUCUGAGGAAAGCUCUGUCUCAGCUUCAGGAAACUCUCAGUGAGAAAAUGAAGAAGGUUGAUGCGACUGAACUGAAGAGAAUUCAACACUAUGCAGUGGAUGUGACUCUGGAUCCUGAGACAGCUCAUCCUGAUCUCAUCCUGUCUGAUGAUAGGAAACAAGUGAAAGAUGGAGGCAAGAGACAGAAUCUCCCUGAUAACCCAGAGAGGUUUGAUCAUUGCCCCUGUGUGCUGGGAAAGGAGGGAUUCUCCUCAGGGAGAUUUUACUAUGAGGUGCAGGUCAGAGGGAACACUGAGUGGGAUUUAGGAGUGGCCAGAGAGUCCAUUAACAGGAAAGGAGAGAUUACAGCCAGACCUAAAUUUGGGCAGUGGAGUGUGUGGCUGAGGAAUGAGACUGAAUAUGAGGCUCUGGACUCUCCCUCUGUCUCCCUCUCCUUGAAACAGGCUCCUCAGAAGGUGGGGGUGUUUGUGGAUUAUGAGGAGGGUCUGAUCUCCUUCUAUGAUGUUGGUGCAAAAUCUCACAUCUACUCUUUCACUGGUCAGAAUUUCACUGAAAAACUUUAUCCAUUCUUCAGCCCCUGUGUCAAUGAUGGAGGUAAAAAUUUAGAGCCUCUGAUUAUACCACUUAAACACUGUAAGCAACAAUCUAUUUUUCCUCAAGAAGAACACUGGCAAAUCCCAAUCUCUUUAUUUGUGGAUCUAAUUUGUCAUAAUAAUAAUAAUAAUAAUAAUAGACUGGACUUGGGCUUGGGUUCUGUGGACAAUGAGGACUUGGGCUCGGGUUCUGUGGACGACGAGGACUCGGGCUCGGGAUCUGUAGAUGGCUCUGGCUCUGGCUCGGGAUCUGUGGACGGCUUGGGCUCUGGCUCAGGCUCAGGCUCUGCUCUGGAGCAGACGCUGGCUCUGGCACGGGAGCGGAUGCUGGCUCUGGCUCCGCCUCUGGCUCAGGUGCAGGUGCUGGCACUGACUCUGGCUCCGCCACUGGCCCGGGAACAGGAGGCACUCUACAGCAGCAGCCUCCUCGACUGCAUCAACCACAAGAGGGAGCUGUGGAGCACCGGCCUGCUCAGCUGGCUCACUGAGGAUUUCAGGGCGCAGUCCCUGAUGAAAGACCACCUUGAGUGCUGGGUCGUUCCAUCCACUGGAGGCUGCAAGGGUCCUAAAAUUCAGGGCAUAUUCAGCGACGCUUCUAGUGCCCUGAGAGCUGAUGGUGAUGUGAUCCUGGAGAGUCCUGUCCAUCCUGUGACUGAGUCCACUACAAAUCCUCUGAAACUAUUUUUAUUCACUGUGAAACUUCUCCAGUGUUUAUUUAAGGAACUAAAGCUACAGCAGGUAAAUUAUAAGGGAGGAGAAAACUGGAAAAACAGGAAAGGAGAGAAAAUUAAAGCAGUCAUGGCUUCCUCCAGCAGUUUCCUAUCUGAAGACCAGCUCCAGUGCUCCAUCUGUCUGAAUGUGUUCACGGAUCCAGUCACGACUCCAUGUGGACACAACUUCUGUAAGAUCUGUCUCAACUGGGACAACAUUUCACACUGGCAGUGUCCAGUGUGUAAAGAGGAUUUCCCCAAAAGACCUGAGCUUUGUGUGAAUACAUUAAUCUCUGGAAUGGUUGCUGAGUUUAAGAAAUCCAGCAGUGCUGCAGGUCAGGUUCCCUCUAAGACGAAGAAGGUUCUGUGUGACUCCUGCACUGAGGAAAAGCUGGAGGCUCUGAAGUCCUGUCUGCACUGUGGGGUUUCUUUCUGUAAGACUCAUCUGAUGCUCCAUAAAACUACACCCAAACUCAUGAAGCACAAACUGAUUGAUCCUGUGGAGAACCUGGAGGACUACAUCUGCCAGAAACAUGACAGACCCCUGGAACUGUUCUGUAGAGACGACCAGAUGUGUGUGUGUCAGUUCUGUACUGAAGGAGAGCACAAAACUCACAAUGCUGUUCCUAUAGAGGAGGAGAGUGGAGACAAGAAGAAUCACUUGGGGAAGAAACAGGUGGAUUUUCAGAAGAUGAUUCAAGACCGACUGAGGAAGAUUCAUGAACUCAAACAAUCUGUCGAACUCAAUAAUAAAAACACAGAGAAGGAGAAAGCAGACGCUGUGAAGGUCUUCAGUGCUCUGAUGUGCUGCAUUGAGAGAAGCCAGGCUGAGCUGCUUAAGGUGAUGGAGGAGAAGCAGAAAGCAGCAGAGAUGCAGGCUGAAGAGUUCAUUAAAGAGCUGGAGCAGGAAAUCACUGAGCUGAAGAGGAGAAACACUGAGCUGGAGCAGCUCUCACACACUGAGGAUCACCUCCACUUCCUACAGAUUUACCCAUCACUGUGUAGCCCUGCACACACCCAGGACUGGACUGACAUCACAAUUAACUCUCAUCUGAGUGGGGAGACUCUGAGGAGAGCUCUAUCUCAGCUUCAGGAAACUCUCAGUGAGGAAAUGGAGAAGAUUGAUGCACCUGAACUGAAGAGAAUUCAACAAUAUGCAGUGGAUGUGACUCUGGAUCCUGAUACAGCUCAUCCUGAACUCAUCCUGUCUGAUGAUGGGAAACAAGUGAAACAUGGAGACAAGAGACAGAAUCUCCCUGAUAACCCAAAGAGGUUUGAUCAUUGUCCCUGUGUGCUGGGAAAGGAGGGAUUCUCCUCAGGGAGAUUUUACUUUGAGGUGCAGGUCAGAGGGAAGACUAAGUGGAAUUUAGGAGUGGCCAGUGAGUCCAUUAACAGGAAAGGGGAGAUUACAGCCAGUCCUGAAUAUGGACAAUGGAGUGUGUGGCUGAGGAAUGAGAAUGAAUAUGAGGCUCUGGACUCUCCUUCUGUCCCCAUCUUCUUGAAACAGGCUCCUCAGAAGGUGGGGGUGUUUGUGGAUUAUGAGGAGGGUCUGAUCUACUUCUGUGAUGCUGAUGCAAAAUCUCACAUCUACUCUUUCACUGGUCAGAAUUUCACUGAGAAACUUUAUCCAUACUUCAGUCCCUGUCUCAAUGAUGGAGGUAAAAAUUCAAAGCCUCUGAUUAUCACCACUUAAACAUUUUUACUUUCACUCUUUUUCCUUCAAAAAAAUUGGCAAAUCUCAAUCUCUUGUGGAUUUAAUUUGUCUAAUUAUAACAAUGAUAAAAAUAAUCAUACAAUGAGUAAAUUUGAUCUGAACUGAUUGUGUGCACUUUUGACAAUAUUGCUGUUAUAACAAAGCCCUUAAUAAAGA